AUGGCGACCAUGCAAACAGACAAGGCAUUUCGCCUGAACCUGAACGUUGCAUCUGGGUCGUUAGCAGCUCUUUUGCUGGCCAUUUCCACCGUUCUUGUUAGCAUUCUUGCUGCCAGGUUCCCGUCCCGCACCGAUUACUAUGCACAGCAAAUGACAUGCCGGCUUUACUACAAUCAGGGAGCUCCUAAUGAAAUCGAGUGCCUCAGCCGCUGGUGUGCGAAUGCUGCAAACUGGCCAUUCGCUCGUUGCAAUGUUACUCAAGGAUUAAAGGGUGAAGGAUAUGACCCUUAUUACAAUCGCGCUUACCUUUCUGAGAACUUCCCUUUUGACAAGAGCAGCAUGUCCCUUUCCUGGGCGUCGAUGUCUUUAAUCACUAUAACACUCGUGUUAGAGGUCAUAACUCAACUGCUGGACAUGAUCAAGCCGAAGAAGAAAUCCUUAUCCUACUCAAAACGAUAUCGCGUGUUCCUCCAUGCUUGUUGUGCGACAUCAUGGAUAAGCAGUGCAGUUGCAGAGGCUUUGCUCAUCUACGGAUCGUCAAAAACAUCAGAAACCUGGGGGUUGUACAACACAACUGAAGGAUUGUGGAUGGCCGCUGCUGUAAUCAGCGGCCUUGCAUUUCUGUCGUCUUCCUUAUUCCACUAUUUGAGGCAUCGGCACCUGCGGUACAUUAAGACUGCUCCAGUAUCAGGAAACCUGGAUACCCGGCAGGGAGAAUCGGUAUUGCAGCAUGCGAAGCAGCCUAUGGACCAGCUUGUGUCAUCAAGGGAUCAGCCAGCAAUUGGCGUUACUGGCUCAGUUUCAGGCUCUCCUAUAUCAUCUAACCUAACCCCAAAUGCAGAAGCUUCAACGACCGCUGGCUUUGUGCAUGCGGCAGCAGGGCACAGGGCAUCCUCAGAUCCAUCACAGCAGAAAAUGAAGUCAAAGGGAACCGAUUUUAGUUUGGAGGAGCUCCAGCAGGCAACAUUAAAUUUCUCUGUUAAGAAUCUUCUCGGUCGGGGUGGCUUCGGUGAAGUAUACAAAGGAGUACUGGCAGGUGGUCAGACUGUUGCUGUCAAGAGAAUUCACAGGCAUAAACUGCUGCACGGAAGAGACGAGUUCAAGUCAGAGGUUGAGAUUCUCAGCAGAGUUCAUCACCGGAAUCUUGUGCGGAUACUGGGGUACCACAUUGGGGAGACAGAAGAACUUAUUGUCUUUGAGUUCAUGGCUAAUGGAUCACUCGACCACCACCUGCAUGGCAAUACUUGCACACCCAUUGGCUGGGAAAGAAGGCUUCAGAUGGCAAUUGAUGCAGCGAAGGGUUUGGCAUAUCUUCACCAUGACUGCUAUCCAAAAGUGGUGCAUCGUGACAUCAAAGCUUCUAAUAUUCUUCUUGAUGCGAACAUGAAUGCUCAGGUUGGUGACUUUGGCCUUGCACGCUUGUUGCAAGAUGAUUCUGAGCAUGUAACUACGAGAGUCAUGGGCACCAUCGGCUACUUGGCCCCGGACUAUGCAUUCUCAGGGCAAUUGACGGAAAAGAGUGAUGUUUACAGUUUUGGUGUUCUACUGCUGGAGCUCCUUACAGGGAGACAGCCUGUUGAUGUCACAGCUUCGACGUUUCAAGGCCAAAGUCUUGUAGAAUGGGCCUGGCAACAGACAAUUGGUUCAGAGUCCAUAAAUGCGAUUCUGGAUCCACGACUGAACAACGUGUACAACAUUGAUGAGGCUCUGUGUAUGUGGCGUGUUGCAUUGGACUGCGUCAAUCACAUUGCAAAGAAACGACCAACUAUGGAUAAGGUUGCCAAACUACUCCAAGAUGCAAGGAAAGAUGAACAUGUCCCACAAAUGAUAUGUGGAACAGAUACUGCAUCAGUCGUUUCUGGAGGCGCUGUUGAAAUAGCUGUCAGCAGCAGUUUGCCAGAUUCAUUUUCUGAGCCGUUGAGUGGUGGAGCGGACUCUACAAUCUCGACAACAUUUCAAGCCCUUGCAAGCCCUUGCAUACAGCAUGGUUCCUCAAGCCUAAGUAUGAGCGAUGAGCCCGAAGUUCCCGGAGAGGUUGAGUGGAGCCACCGGCUGGAUAUGCUGAAGCAAGCAAAUGCUGCGAUUAGUCCUACCACAGAGUGGCCACGUGUGGACAUGCAUAGUGGGAUUGUUCCUGAGAACGAUAGUGUCGAGUGGAGCAGUAGAUUGGAGCAGCUGCGACAAGACGCUCACAAGUAG